UAAACCCCGAACAAAGAAAAUGAAAAAUGCAGGGUUUUGGCACCAGGAGACUUGCUUUCGGCUGUGAUGGGAGGUCCAGCUAGCAGCAGCAGCAGCGAAGAGGAAGAUGCAAAUUGGAAAGCAGCUAUCGAAUCAAUAGCUGCAACUACCACUUUUGCUAACAAGGUUCUUAGCAGUACUUCUAAUGGCUCAACGUCCCGUUCAGCACCCACUACAGAAGCAUAUGCAGAGAACUCCCAGGAUUCUCGAAAGCUCAAGCACUACCAAAUUAAGGCGCAAAAGUGUUUGGAUAUCAUCUUGGAAAGGACUCUAGAGAUGGUUAGAGAUCCUGUCUCAGAUAAUGAUCUAGAUGCAAACGAUGUUGGGGUAAGGUUGUUUAAGCAUUCUCCCGCUGGAAUUGUAUUUGACCAUUUAGAUGAAAUUCAAGGGCCAAGAAAGAGACCACGAAUCCUACCGGGACACGGUAUUGAUGAAAAAUCAAAGAAGUUUAGGCAUCAAAUCCAGUCCAUUGCUGUUGAUGGGGCGGACAUAAUUUCUGAAGCAAGGGAUGCAGAGCAAAAAUCAUUAGCUCAAUUAGAAGCUAAAGAAGCAAAAGCAAAAGCCAAAGCCAAAAAGGAGGAAGAAAGAGUUGUAGAAUUGAAACGGAUCAGGGGGGAGAGAUGGCUACCUUCUAUUGCCAGGGAAAUGCAGUUAAAUAAAACUUCUAGACAAGUAAUCUAGACAUAUUCAAAUGACGUUUGAUGUGCUGUGUUCUGCCUUGUUACAUAAACAUUGCAAAGGAGUAUUUGUGGCAAUUUCUACUAGCAGCCCCUUCUGUGGACUGUGAUUCCAUCACAUAUGGGCAACUGUUGAGUGUCAAACUUUAUGCUGGUUAUUGGUCCAUCAGCAUGUAAUGUUUGUUUGAUGUGUUUUUGAGUCUUGUCUUAGGAUUGCACUGUAUUGCCUGCGCUUCAUGCUUGUGAUUUGUAUCAAUGCCAUCCAUACUUAUAGGAAGAGAUUUUGAUGCCGAUGCAAUGUGUUCAUCGGACUUCUCUAAUUCUGUGUAAGGAAAUAACAAUGAAACAUGACUCAACCAAAAAUGUAAUCUUUCAGAGUUUUCCUUUUCA